UAUCACUCACCCCUCGCUGCACGAGAGCUCAACCGCCAACACCAUUUCAUUAGCUCGCAAAAAUUAUGAUCAAUACUCAAUUAAUCGAUUCUUUGUUUGAUGAAGAAAAUAUAAUUUUCAUGUCUCAACUCGAAAAAUUUCAAGAUGAACAUAAUGGGAACGUUAUGCAUGUGCAAAGCUCAAAUCAAACUAUGAAGAAUCGAGAAUGUCUCAGAGGUUCAAUUGCCAUAGUUCUUUUUCUAACAUUUAAUGAUAGUGCUUUUUCUGGUGAUGGAGAAACCAUUGAAGAAAGAUACCUACAUUCUUUUAAUUCAAUGGCAAUUCUUACAUCUUCGUUUAAUGAAUAUUUUGCCAAUGCUAUGUUGGAAGAUGACGAAUACCUUUCCAAGUGUGCUUCAAGUCAAUUCCGAAAACAGGUUUUGCAAAUUGUUUCUAGUAAAGUGAAAAGUUAUAUCCGUGAGGAAAUUGGUGAUUCUAAAUUUUGCAUACUUGUUGAUGGAGCUCGAGAUGGAUCGGAGAAGGAACAAAUGGCUGUUAUUUUGAGAUUUGUGGAUAAAAAGGGGUUUAUACGAGAGAGGAUGUUAGAUAUUGUGCAUGUUAAAGAUUGUAAGUUUAAGGCGUUAGCUAUUAAGGAAGAAAUUUGUCAUGUACUUUCUCGACAUAAUCUUGAUGUUUCUAACAUUCGUGGUCAAGGUUAUGAUGGUUCCUGCGAAAUGAGGGAGCAGUGGGACGAUUUACGAGCAUUGUUUUUGGAUGAGUGUCCUUAUGCAUACCACAUUCAUUGUUUUGCGCAUAAGUUGCAAGUUGCCUUGAUUUGUGCAUCGUCAGAAGUUUAUGCAAUUCAACAAUUCUUUUUGAAAUUGACUUUUAUUGUCGAUUUUUUCAGUUCUUGUAGUAAGCCCCGUGAUAUUAUACUAGCUGCCAAGUUAGAUGAAAUUUCACAUUUGCUGGAGAUCAAUGAGUUUGAAACUGGCAACGAGGCAAGUUACUCUUCUACUUUGCAACGAGUUGGCGAUACUCGUUCGAGGUCACAUUUUUCUUCUAUCUGUAGCUUGAUAAAUAUGUAUGAUACAGCAUGUUAUGUUUUAGAAAAACUAUCUGAUGAUGAACAGUCGACUUAUUGUCAACGUGGGGAUGCUUCUAUUGCUUACGAUAACUUGAAUACAUUUGAGUUUGUUUUGAUCUUGCAUUUGAUGAAGAAUAUUAUGGCGAUAACUGAUAUUCUUUGUCAAGCUUUACAACACCAAUAUCCGGAUGUAGUUAAUGUCAAGCAUAUAGUUCGUUCUACCAAAGUAAUGCUUCAAAAUAUGAAACAGAAUGGUUGGGAUAAGUUGUUAAAAAAAGUGACAUGUUUUUGUGUUAAAAAUGCUAUCGAGGUUCCUCAGCUCAAUGCUCGGUAUGCAGCAAGACCAUGGCGUUCUCGUGAGAAAAAAGAUCACGUCACAACAGAGUAUUAUUUUAGAGUAGAGGUAUUUUUGAUUGUCAUUGACAAACAUAUACAAGAGUUGAAUAGCAGGUUUAGCGACCAAGCAAUGGAGUUGUUAACUCUAUGCUCUGCUUUGGUUCCUAAGGAUACUUACAAAACUUUCAACAUUGGUCAUAUUUGCACUCUUGUAGAAAAAUAUUAUCCUAGGGAUUUCAAUGAGCAGGAAAAGAAUGAUUUAAGAUGUCAACUUCAACAUUUCAUUAUCGAUGCUCAUCAAGAUUCAAAGUUAAAUGAUUUAUCAACUAUCCAAGAAUUGUGUACAUGUUUGGCUGAAACAAAAAAGUCAGAAGUUUACUACUUGAUUGACAGACUACUUCGUAUUAUCAUGACUCUUCCGGUUUAUAUGCCUACAACUGAAAGAUCUUUUUCAGCAAUGAAAAAUUUCAAGACUAUGUUGAGAAACAUGAUGGAAGAUGAGUUUCAAGCAGACAGCAUGCUAGUUUACAUUGAAAAGGAUAUCGCUAAAAGUUUUAGAAUUAAUUCAAUUGUUGAUGAUUUUGAGUCACUCAAAGAGCCCAAUGACUCACACCCAUGUAACUCUGUAAAUGGUUGCAUUAUCAGACCAUCAGAGUUGCUUGGCGAAGAAGAACCUGAUGGAUCCCUUCUGCCUCAAGUUGCUGAAGAUAUGGUUGAGGAUGAAAUCUCAUCUAGGUCCAAUGUCAGAUGAAAACGGAAUAAUCAUUACUGAAGUUUAGAUUCAAUGUGUGAGGGACUUUUCAAAGGACAAAUAGACUUGUCUCAGUUUGAAAGAUUGAAAUUGAUCUAAGCAAAUAUAGGCGUAAGUGUGUAGUACUUUUCCAUACUCUUAAGCCUUGUCUUAGUUAUUACUCUUUUUUUUUUUUUGGGUAAGAUAGUUAUUACUCAUUUUUUUUUGGGUAAGAUAGUUAUUACUCAUUUUGAUGAA